ACCAUUUACAUAGGAGUCAGCUACAGAACUGGGCUGCUGGGUACUGACGGGCACCGGGCGGCUGCUGGAGGGGAAGUCUGUGUCAGUGAGGUGGUUACGCCCGUGGUCUGUGUACAAACCGUCGGGGUGUGCGUGUGUGUGUGUGUAGGGGUGGGGGGUGAGUGUUACUGAUUUGGCAUCGGCAGCAAUCCGAUGUGCGCUCAGUGAGGAGGAUGCUGAGGAAGGAGAGGCAGGGCGAGACACGGUGAUGCGGUGACACAUGGCUGCCUGCCGGUGCACUUAGACUGCGGCUCACACUUCUUUCCAUUCACCCAAAAAUAGGAGAGGCUGGACUCCGGGUUGCCUAGAGACGCUGCUCGGAGGCUGGAGGCUGCCGCAACCGACAAACGAGCUGUGGAAGCCCCGCACACUGCUGAUCGGACAGCCUGCUGAUCCCUUUGGUUAGCACAUCCUUUCAGAAGAAGGUCCAGAGUAAGAUCAAAGAUCUCCUCCAGCAGAUGGAGGAAGGCCUAAAGACAGCCGACCCCCAUGACUUCUCCACCUACACCGGCUGGACAGGCAUUGCAUUGCUGUACCUUCAACUGCACCGGGUCUCAAAUGAGGCCUCCUACCUGCAUAGAGCCCUAGACUACGUAAAGAGGACCAUGAGGAUCCUGAAUGGGCGCAAAGUGACAUUUCUAUGUGGUGACGCGGGGCCUCUGGCAGUGGGUGCGGUGGUCCACCACAAACUGAAUAACACGACUGACAGCAAAGAGUGUCUGUCCAGGCUUCUUCAGCUUCAGCGGUCUGUGCUGAGCCCAGACUCUGAUAUACCAGAUGAGCUGCUGUAUGGUCGUGCUGGAUACCUUUAUGCUUUGCUGUACGUUAACAAAGAGAUCGGCACUGACGCUGUGGAUGAGGACACCAUUACAAAGGUGGUCACAGCCAUUGUGGAAUCUGGUAAGAACAUGUCAGCAGAGCAGAAGAAGACUGAUCGCUGUCCACUCCUCUAUGAGUGGCACAAGAAGCAGUACAUCGGCGCUGCCCACGGCCUGGCCGGCAUCUAUUACAUGCUGAUGCAGUCUGGAGCAAAAGUCCAUCCAGACAUCCUGUCAGAGUUGGUUCGCCCCAGCAUCGACUACGUCCGCCACAAGAGGUUUCGUUCAGGAAACUUCCCUUCAUCCCUGAGCAACGAGAGCGACCGGCUGGUCCACUGGUGCCACGGAGCGCCCGGUGUUAUCCAUAUGCUUAUCAUGGCCCAUAAGAUUUUUAAAGAAGAAAAGUACCUGAAGGAGGCUGUAGACUGCGGCGAGGUGAUAUGGCAGCGGGGCCUGCUCAGAAAAGGCUACGGUAUUUGCCAUGGAACCGCUGGCAACGGAUACGCCUUCCUGUCUCUCUACAAACUCACCAAGGAGAAGAAAUACCUGCACCGCGCCUGCAAGUUUGCUGAGUGGUGUUUGGACUACGGGACACAUGGGUGUCGUAUCCCAGACAGACCAUACUCCCUUUUUGAAGGUAUGGCAGGAGCCCUCCACUACAUAUCAGAGAUGGAAAACCCCGAAGCUUCGUGUUUCCCUGCCUUUGAACUUUGACCUGACAGUCCCUGACUUUGGAUUACGAAGGGGAGGAAAGUUAACUUUCCUUGAAAAGUAUGCUGCUCAAAAAAAAAUGAGGGGAACGUUUAAAUCACACAUUGGAUCUUGAUAAAUGAAAUACUCACUCUGAAAAUCUUUAGUGUCAUAAAUGUUGUAAUUAUCUUGAGAACAAAAUGAUCUACUAACAGUGAGAACCAAUAUCAUCCACCCUUUAAGGGUUUGAAUUUAGAAACCACACCAAAAAUCCAAGUUAAAAAUAGGCUCGUCUGACCUGCAUCAUAGUGUGGCUCAGCAGUAUGUGUGGUCCCCAUGAGCCUACAUGCGCUCUUAGCUGAUGUCUUUAAAUCUUGUUCUGGACUUGGAUCAAGGCACCAGUAAACUUCUGGACAGUGUGUGGCACUGUUUGGUGGGUUUCGAUGGACCAGUGCAUAAUUUUCCUGAGAAUCUUCAUAUCUUCAUAACUGGCGUCAGUGCCUUCAUCAUCCAGGAACUGCCUUCAUUCUCGCCAGCGGAGGACAGACAUUGUUGUGCACCAAGAGGAUCCCAGGGCUUGCUCCAGCAUGAAGUCUGACAUUAGAUAUGUGGAUUUCAUCCUGAUACCAAACAUGCAGGUCUGUUUCACUGUUUCCCAUGUGAACAUGCUGUCAUCAUAGGGCACUAGUGUGAGACCUCCCAGUUUCGGUGGUAUCUGAGAAAAAUCAGUCAUGAGGAUUAAGAGGAGAGCAUUGGUCUGUGGCUGCAACCUGCAAAACCAUUCCCAUUUGGGAGUUGUCUUCUUGUUGCUUUUCCAUUGUUGCCACAUUCAUGGCACCAAAACAGGUGAAAUUAGUUGACCAUGGUUUAUGCUUCCAAGAAUCCUUGAAGCUUAAUUGACUGUUUUAUUCUGAGAUCAUAAAGUGUUCCCCUAAUUUUUUGAGCAGUGUAUUUUGAUAAAACUUUCAGCCUUGGUCAUGUGUAAGUAGUGACCAAUAUUAGACAUUCAAACUGGAAAUAAGUGCAACUGAUUAAUUAUUUGUUGGAUUAAAGACAUGGUUCGCUUUUCUGUGAUUAAAAAUGUACAGAGAAUGUUUUUGGACAAAACUACACAUUCAUUUAUGGAGGUGUAGUAAAAAUAAAAGAAGCAGUAGAU